AUGACUGAAUAUCAAACAGUGUCUAGGCUGUCCUUUCUGACCGCCACGCAAACCCUGAUUCCCCCUGUUGUUGUGAUUGCGACACCAAAGGGCUCAAUCUUGCGCUAUGUGUCCAUCCCGUGUAUGAUUUGGGUCUGGAGUUUGAUGCUGUACCCUGUCGAAAAGCCGUCGUAUUUGGCGGUCACAUUCGCCGCUGGUGGUUGGAUGCACAUCAUUACAGCUCUCGAUGUUCUAUUAAUUAACCCCAAAUGUGCGGGGGAUUUUGUCGACGCUGAUGGGAAGAUUCAGAGCCAUUUCUCCCGUCUUCGAAGUGCCAUAGGGCUUAUGGGUAAUCCACGGAAGCUCAAUACACCUAGGGAAGCAAAAAAUACGCCUCCUGUCCCAAAAUACUAUACGAAAAGCAGCCCGACAACUAUCCCACGAGGCCGCUUCUUGAUCCGAGAAUCUGCAAUUGCAGCGUGGCAAUAUUUGGCUCUAGAUGUAUUGGCUUUACAAGCCGCCAAAUCAGCUCUGGAGAAAAAGGAAAAAGCAACGGUCCACUAUUCUCAACCCACCGACAACUUAUGGGUGGAAGUCUGGAUCGAGAACGUCAUCGCCGCUUUGGUGGCUUGGUUUGUUUUAUCACGAAUUCUGAUCAGUUUCUAUUAUCGCUUGUUGUCCACUAUCUCUGUGGCUCUGGGACUUUCGUCGCCGGAAUCGUUCCCACCGCUAUUCAAUAAGAUGACUGACGCGUACACAUUACGAAACUUCUGGGGAAAAUUCUGGCAUCAGAUUCUACGAGUAGAUUUCACAGCUGUGAGCAACUUUGUUACCUGUAAGGUACUCAGUCUCCCUAAACCAUCAAUACUAGAACGCUACACCAACGUGUUUCUGGUCUUCUUCCUCUCGGGUAUUCUACACAUCACAAAUGACGUUGUUAUGAAUGUCCCUAUACGCGACUCCGGUGCUAUGACUUUUUUCUUGUCUUUCACUAUUGGAUACAUGAUUGAAGAUGGCGUCCAAGCUGUCUGGAAACAAUUAUAUGGCUCUCAGAAAGCUCCUCAGGAGCCAGAGCUAUGGAAAAAGGCUAUUGGGUUUAUUUGGGUUGUGGCAUUCCUGGCGAUAGCAUCGGCUGGAUAUUUUAGGCCAUCGCAGACGCGACCAGAGAGUCAGUUGGCAUUCGUGCCUUGGAGUGUCACAGAGAUUAUUGGUCUUGAUGUCGUGGUAGGCAUGAUUGCGUUUGGUGCGGUUGUCUUGAGGGUCGUCUUUGAAUGUGAGAUCUGAAGCAGAUGUAUUCGGAACUCGCUCUCUUUAUUGACAGGGUUACCGACAAACACGGAGGCCUGAUAAAGUCUCUCCAUAACCGACCGUGAAAGAGCUGUUCGUCUGAUCUUCCCAUUCUCUAACAUAGUGAGCUACGCUGCAUGAACCAUACUGAAGGGAUAUUAUUAGCGCACACGUCCGCUAAAUGGGCAAGGUUACCCAGUGUCCAUUUGUUGACUGGUAUAUACAUGGGCGAAAUAAUACUCCUUUCUUUGGC